ACAUGUUUAAACAAUGAUCCAAUGAUCGUGUUUCUAUCAAUCAAAAUAGAGAUAUCACAUCCAGAGCUAUUGGAUCACGCUUGAACAUGUUUCGAUUGCUUAAAUAGCUAUGAGCAGGCGGUGAACGAUCACCGCUCUAGAGAGGAGCCCGAUCCAUCCAUAUAGGGCUAAUGAACCCCUCCCCUCCCCUCCCCUCCAUCUAUUGUCCGGCUUUCGGGUCUGAUCUGGGCGAUUUAUUUGUUCAUCUGGUUCAUCUCUUGGGCAUCAAACUUUUAGGUUUAAGCCGUUUGGUGACUUGCUGUCGUCCAUUCAGUCCAUCUCUGUUUUCUGUGAAGUCUGAAUUGAAACCCUAACUCGUUGGAGAAGAAAUGUUAGGGACUUUUAAUGGCACAGUAUUUCUUCAACCGGUGUUAUUGAUUUCCAAACCAGGACCUGCAAUUAUUAGAACUUCGCGGACCAUUCCUUACUUCUUUACGAGAACCCUAACUCGGAAGUCAGGAAGAUUGAGAAGAUUUGUAGUUUUCGCAGAGAAUGGUAACGGGCUGAACAGAGAACCAGAGCCAGAGCAAAAAGAUAAUGGGUUCAACGGUCAGGGAAAUUCGAGAAACGGUGAACGGCCUACAUUGAAUUUUAGAUGGACGGAUCUGUUGGAUCCAGAUCCGGAGAACAUCUUCGCUGUGGGACUGACGGGCCUCCUCACCUGGGCAAGCGUACAAGUCCUCUGGCAGCUCUUCUUCAUCUCCCUUGCUAUCUUGGUUGCAGCUGUUAAGUACUCGUUCAUUGCUGCACUCCUGCUCUUCAUCCUUAUAACCCUUCUCUGAGGGUCUUUUUUUUUACUUCUUUGCUGUGUUUCUUUUUCUUCGUAAAUUGCUUCUGUUUCGGAAAUUCAAUAUACCGAAGGAUUUUGAUUAGUCUUUUACUGUUGCCUGUGUACAAAUUUUUUUUCUGGGCUAUAAGAUAUCCCAUUCAUGUACUUCCAGAACUAGUAAAUAUAUGCAAAACGAUGGGAAUCAUUUUCAGGACUUGUAAA